AUGGCACUCGAAUUGCCCGCGCGACAGAAAUUUACAGCUCACAGCGGCAAUGUGUACUCAUGCAUCUUCAUCCCUCCAACCGCCCAGUCAACAACCCUUCUCUUUCUUCACGGCUUUCCAUCAACCCUCACAGACUGCGUCCAUCAAAUCCAACACUUCUCAUCCGAAGGAUACGGCGUCGUCGCUCUGGAUCUGCUCGGCUACGGUGAAAGUAGCAAGCCAACAGAUGUAAACGCGUACCGUCUCAAGCCGAUGAGCGAUGAGGUCAUUGAGCUGCUCGACCAUUUGGACCUGAAGACCGUUGCUGGAAUUGGCCAUGAUUUCGGCGCGACGCUUUUAUCGAGAAUGGCGGCUUAUCAUCCCUCGCGCUGGGAAGCUCUUGUGUUUCUGGCUGUUGGUCCGCCGAGGCUUGGGACGCCGUUCGAUGUCGACAUGAUCAAUACCAUGACCAAGCAGUUUCUGGGGUAUGAGAUGCUCGGAUACAUCCCAUGGCUAGCCGAUUACAGGUCGCAGGAACUUCUCGAGAAGAACGCUGAAGCAACGAUGAGUCUGAUGUUUUGUCGCGAUCGGGAAGAAUGGGAGACGUGGUUUCAUCCUCUGGGCAAGAUGGAGGAAUUUGUGCGUGAAGAUCGCAGACUUCCCAUCGCAUCGUGGUACAACGAAGAUUUGCAGAAAGCACAUCUAAAGGCAUUCGGCUCGCAUGAUGGGUAUAAAGGCGUGUGUCGAUGGUAUCGCAUGUGGAAAGACAACCUCUUCGCUCCUGACGAACAAGGUUUUGAAGACUUUCACAUCUCACAACCCGUUCUCUUCAUCGUUCCAUCAGAGCCCGAGCAAUCCGCUGCCCAACAGCAGCAAAUGCUUUCAUCAUGGACCCCCAAUCUCCAAACCGUCAAGCUAAACACCAGUCACUGGGUCCAUAUCCAAGCUCCCUCCGAAACCAACACCACGAUCCAGAACUUCCUCACCUCACGCAGGGAGACUUAA